UAUAUAAGCCAAAGAAAAGAGGUAAGGCAACCACUCGAGUCCAACUUUCCGGUUUUCACUCGCCUCAACGCAGAGCAAAGAUAGAAGAAAUGGCCUUUGCAGGACUUCUCAGUGAUGCUGAUAUUAAAGCAGCCCUAGAUGCUUGCUCAGCUGUCGACAGCUUUAGCUAUAAGACCUUCUUUGCCAAGGUUGGGCUUUCUGCCAAGUCAUCUGAUGAUGUCAAGAAGGCUUUCUUCAUCAUUGACCAGGACAAGAGUGGCUUCAUUGAGGAGGAUGAGCUCAAGCUGUUCCUGCAGAACUUCUCUGCUGGUGCCAGAGCCCUCUCUGAAAAUGAGACCAAGGCCUUCCUUGCUGCUGGUGAUGCUGAUGGUGAUGGCAUGAUUGGAGUUGAUGAGUUUGCUUCCCUUGUAAAGGCAUAAAUUUCCAUUGACUACGUCUACCACAUUUCAUGGAACCACAACUAACAAGUCACUUGCUUUUAGUUGAAUUCAUAUUUUUUAUAUGUUAUUUAUUAACUGCCAGCGGACUAUUU